AACUGAAAGAAAUAAAAGCUUACUUAUUUGCAAUUUAAACUGUAUUUGUAUUUUGAAUUUAACCUAUUUGAUGGUUUUAAUUUGUAUCUUUCAAAAAGUUUUUGGAAGUGUUUUUAGACCAAUUUUUUUAACUUUUUAAAAAUAUGAUUCGCAGCUUAGACUGAAACAUUCUUGGAUGACGCAUCUAAAACAGCCAAAAAUAGCACAUUGGUCAUUCCUUAUUAAGUGUUUUUGAUUCCUCGUCGCCAUUGUUUAAAAAAAAUGGAUCCUAAUGCAUGGAAUUACGGUUACUACGGCGGUACAUUGGAUCAUUACAACAUUUACCCGACCCAGUAUCCACCCCAAGCUCUCUAUCCGGCGAAUUAUCAGCAGAUCCCGGUGGCGGCACCCACCCCAAACUACGGUCCCUAUGGAACGUUGAUCGCUAGUCCUGUCUCGCAAAACGUAUCGGCAAAAGGGCAUAUGCCUACGUACAGCACUGAUACUGCUCACUUGAUGAAGCAGCAGCCACUUUUUAAACAAGAUGGCUCCCAGAAGACUGUCAAUCAUUUAAAAAUUGAGACAGCAGUUGGUCCAAAGGAAGCAACUACAUCUACUACUACAACAGGUUUUACUUACAAAGGUUUGGAUGAUGCUGUGUACAAGGCUGCAAAGAGCUAUCUGGCAGAGAAACAACACGUAGGGUCAAAGGCAUCUGGGGGUGGAGGAGGAGGUGUUGGAGGCGGAAACUGGAGUAAGGAAAGAUUUAGAAGUGGGAGGGGUCCAGUCAUCGAUCCCAAUCAGUGGAAGUACUGCGAACUGUGCAAGUGCACAUGCGCUGGAGAACUGGCUUACAAGGCACACAUACAAGGAAAGGCGCACAAAAAGAAGGAGAGUCAGGGUAACCAUGCACUGAUCCUGUCAGGGUCAAAAGGUCACAUGUACUGUCAGCUCUGUGAUGUUAGUUGUUCGUCGUCUGAUGCGUAUGCAUCACAUAUCAGGGGGGCUAAGCAUCAGAAGAUUCUACGAGUUCAGACAAAAAUGGGCAAGAACAUUCCAGAUGAGGGCACUGGCACUACUGCAGGCAGCAGUAGUGCCAGUGCUGCUAGUUCUGCAUCUCCCGCCAAGAAAGUCAUUGUCUGUCCCCGCAUCAAUUUUGUUGGUGGUCAAACCCUCAAUUCGACGAUGUCAUCUAAGUCUGUGACUGGGGCACCAUCUACGACGACGACAUCAGCAGACCCCAUAGGGCCCACUGCACCGCCGACCUACGCAUCAGCUGCUGCAGGCUUCAAGAGGCAGGGCAGUCCAGCUGAUGAGGAUUCCAAUGAAACUCCUGUUGGCCUGGAGUAUGUACUGGAGUCAAUGAAUGAGACAAACACUGCCAUCCAGUUCUACUGCAAGUUGUGCGAGUGCUCCUUCUCCGAUCCACACGCUAAGUAUGUCCAUUCAAAAGGACGUAGGCACCGUCUCCAAUACAAGAAAAAAGUUGACCCCACCUUGAAAGUUGACAGCGUCCCGAGUUACCUGGAUAGACUGAAAGGGCAGUGGAAGAAUAAAAGGAAGGGAGGAGGUGGAGGAAUGACCACGGGGGGCAGAGGAAUGAUAGGGCGUAGUGAUAUGUACAGGCAGCAAGCAGAAACCUUGAAAUACGAGAAGGAGCUACUGCAGUGGCAGUUGAUGAAAACAGCUACCAACAGUGGUGGUGGCAUGGACGCUAUUGGAGGAAGUGACAGCGUGUCAGGCGCCGGUCGCUUAUUCCCCUCAACUUAUCAGCAGCAUUUGGCGACAGAUGUCGACAGUUGCUUCAAUCUGGCGUUCGAUAAUCAGCACAUGGUCUUUAAACAUAACUCUAUAUAUCCAACUGAACAUGAGCUGUCAGCAGUCCAAGAAUUUGUAUCCACGUGUGAGAGGUCCUUGAAGCUGGUGUCAGAUGAACUCAAUAAACUGGACAAUAGAAGGAUAUUAAAGGGGGUAAUGAGGGUAGGGCUGCUUGCCAAGGGACUUUUGAUCAGAGACGCCCUUCAACUGGAGCUAGUCAUCUUGACCUCUGAGAAGCCUACCAAAAAGUUGCUUCUCUUCAUAGCCGAGAACAUGCCAAAGCUGAUAGCCACAUUCUCUACAGAGAAGUACGCUGUUGAAAUCUCGCCUGACGUCACCCACCUCAAGAUUUACGUACCGACUGUCGAGGAGGACACCGAACAAGAACAGGAACCCACCGCGACGACAACAACAACAAAUAAUAAUAACAACAACAUCGAUAAUAAUGAUAAUAAUAAUAAUGACAAUAGUAAUGACAAUAAUAAUAAUGAUAAUAAUAAUAAUAAUAAUGUUGGAGCUGAGAGUAAUGCUGAUUCUCAGGGUAGGGAUGAUACCAAUCUAAAGAGAAACGACGAUGCCACUGAUAAUAAUAAUGAUGAUGAUGAUAACAACAACGAUAAAGAUGGCGAGAAUUACAUCGAUGAAAAUGGCGAAGAGAUGCAGGUCAUAGAUACGGCCAGUGGCGAUGACGAUGGCGCGGAUGCUAACCUCGAAGCCGACUACGCCACUGAAGAUGCUGACGAAAAUUACUACAACGACGAUGGCGAACAGGAGGAGUAUGAUGAUGAUGGUGGUGGCUGUGAUGGUGGUGAUUAUGAUCAGAUGGAGGGGGAGGAGGAGUUAGCUGAUGAGGGGAGUGAGGAGAUGAAGGAAGAGGUUAAAAAGGCACUUAGGACCAUUGUCUGUUACAUCUUCGUUGCUCCGAACAUCAGCGACAACUACAAGCCAGCUAAAACAGAAAAAGAAUCAACAACUGACACAAAAGCAACAACAACCUCUGCAACAACUGCGUCUACUGCAACUACAACAACAGCGGCCUCAGUCACAACUCUAACAACAACAGCAGGUACAUCUUUUUUGCCAGGAUUGUCAACAGAUGUGGCUGUGGCCAGUGACCAGACUGUUGAUUCGACGUCCAGUAGUUCAGCUGGAAUCAAUGAUGGCAAUGAUUAUAUCGACGAGCCUGUUUGUGCCUGGGCUCUCACCGAACUCAAAAGGACUAAAUGGUUCCAUAAUACAAUGAUAAUGAACGAAGCGUGUACAGUUCUCAUUCGAGUUUUGAUCGAUUUUUGCAAGAGGAUUCCUACCUGGACUCCCAUGGGACAAUGGACGCUAGAGUUGCUGGUUGAGAGGUGCAUGUCGCUGGAUCACAAUGUCUCGCCUGCAGUUGGACUGAGGAGGGUGUUUGAAAUCGUGUCAUCGGGCAUCUUCCUACGGGAUGGGUGGGGAUUGCUUGACCCACUUAAUCGACCGACCAAUCGUGCUGAGGGGUCAAAAGACGAUCUCUCCAAUCGUGUUGACGCGUCUGAUCACAUGUGCACACAGGAGAAGGAGGAUGUCACCAACAGUGCCCAGCAUGCUCUCAGGCUCAUUGCUCAUGGACAGAUUUACAAAGUUCUGGGCAUUAGCAAACUUCCACCUCCUGCCCCGAGACCUUUGCCAUCAUUCCAUCAUCAACAAGAUGCCAAUCGCAUACCACCACUGAUGAAGAGGAUGAGAUACAUGUGAUGUCAUGUCAUGUCAUCCACCAUCCAUUACGAAACUGUUGUUGCCACUCUGUCGUCGUCAUUUGAGAAUGUUUUGAAUAAUUUUCAUACACUGUUCGUGUUUUCGUCGAAAAGAUGAGACUUUUUUUAUUUUUUUCAUUAUUUUGGUUUCGUUUCAGAAAUCCGUUGUACAUUUGAACGUUUGCUAUUAAUUUUUUUUUUUUUUUUGAAUAAAAUAUUUCAAGCGUUU